AUGGUAAUGCAUUUACUCAGAAGCAGCGACAUUAGAGAAGCUUGCUUGAUGGGUCAGCAGUUUCUAAACCACCAAGUCCUCAUUGAGAGUGAUUGCAAGGUGUUCAUUUCUCUGUGCUGGGGAGAAGAUCUCUGUGCUGGGGAGAAGACGUUCCCCGUUGGAAAUUAUGACUUUCGUGGAGGACAUUAA